AUUGAAUUUAGUUCAUAUAGUUUAUGUUUACAUAAUUUAUGUUUCAAAACAUAAUUUCUUUUAGAAAAAUUAAACUAAGAAGAAUCUAAUUAAAUUGGUCCAAAAAAACAAACUGAACCGAAUACAAAACGAAACGAAUAUAAACCGAACCGAACACAAACCAAACCAAACUAACUAUGAUUUACUUCAGUUGAAAAAAAUGCUAGAACCGAACUAACCAAACCCGAACCGAACCUAAAAAAUAAACGAAGUGCCCACCCGUAGUUUAAAUGGAGAAAGAAAUCUCUGAUGAGAAUAAACUAAAAGGCCAUUCUCUAGCCCACAUUGUCUCUCCCUCUCUCUCUCUCUUCUACCUUAUGGAUUCUUCAAAAACCAGAUUAGUGGCCAGACGAUCUGAUCCGGCCAACUUUCCGGCGAAGAAAAAUAUUUCUUCCCGGCGAUCUUUAUCUUCUUCUUCCUUCUUGUUUCCAGGUGACUCUCCUUUAAACUCUCUGGCGACUCCUCUUGGUCUCAUCGGUGUUCCAUUCUCAUGGGAACAGCUUCCUGGGAAACCCAAAGACUACUCUCAUAGACUCAACCACCGCCGCAACAACGAGUCUUCAGUUAUAUUACCUCUCCCUCCUCACCGGAGUAUCACCUUUCCGGUCACCGGUAAAAACCAUAAAUCUAACUGUCCCACUAAAAGGAGCAGCUCCCCGGUGACGGCGAUGGAGAAAGAUCCUUUCGCGGCGGCGUUGUUGGAAUGUUCCAAAGAUGACGACGAAGAUGAAGAAGACGUAGAUCGGAGGUACCGAGGAAACUCCGGUAGGCCAAGCAAGGUGUUGGUAAAUAACAGCAUCAGCGGCAGGUUCGGGUUAGUAAGUCUCUACGGUUCUUGUCGGAGAACUUGUGCAGUUUCAGAGUCCAUUGUUUAUCUUCCGAAACCGGGAAAAGCUGCUUCGUAUGAUCAUCUGCUUCUUCCACGCCGUCACCGUUGAUUUGUCGUCUUUCACGAUUUACUCUAUUAUAUAUCUCUUGGUCUUUGCAAUACUUUCCAUAUAUAUUUAUUCUCUGAAUGUGACAUAUAUUAUGUGUGAUAUUUUAAAAAUUAUUUCCUAUGAACUUUAACUUUAAACUUUAA